UGGCAAUCAAGGGGAAACAAAUAAGUAGGAAUCCAAAUUUUCUUUUGGGAUCAGUUCCUGAGCACAUGAAACAAGGCAAGAUCCUCUUCCCAAAAGAUUAAGUCUCUGAGAGACUCCUUUUCUUGCUGUGUUGCUUUUCUGGAACAGUGAAUUCAGGCAUUGCUGAAGCUGCCAUUAGCCAUGAAUCCAGAAAUGGUUUUCCUGUGUUUCUUUGUAUGCAUUGUCACUGUUGGCUGUGAUCGGGUGUAUGUCCACCCCUUCUACCUGUUUUCCUUCAACAACACAAAAGGCCACAAUUGCAAAGAGCUAGAAGUCAGAGAACAGCUGAUGAAGACUUUCAUUCCCAUCUCAAUUGAGUCUCACCUCAUGUCAGAAUCUGAAGAGAGUCUAAGGAACCGAAGCGAGGAAGAAAAAAAACGUUUAGGAGUGAAGUUCUUGAGGGAUCCCAUUCAUACAGUUGGAGCCCGCUUCUACCAAAAGUUGAGGGAAAUCUACCAAGAAGAUAAUAUUUUACUUUCUCCCAUUUAUAUAUACGAGUCUUUGUUGGCUUUCUACUUAGGGGCCUCUGGAACCACAGCUAACUAUCUGCAGACAUUGUUGGAAUUCAGCUCUCCUUCCAUUGACCCAAACUGCACCUUCAAAAUCGAUGGGUACAAAGUCCUUACGGCUCUGAGGUUCAUAAUCAAUUGCCCCUUCCAUUCAAAGGAUACAGAUGGAUUAAUCUUCUCCAGGGUUUCCUGUCUUUUCUCAGCCCCUGACAUUCGUCUGUCAGAGUCCUUUGUCCACCAGUUGGCCUUUUCUGAUGCUAACUUUCAUGUGAGAGCAGUCGAUUUUUCAAACCCUGCUCAGGCAGCCAAAUACAUUGGAGCCUUCGUGGAAGACAAAAGCACACCAAGAAGCAAGAGUUUGCUUUCAGAUAUUGAUCCAGAAACCACCCUGCUGUUUGCAACCUACACUCAGUUCAGAGCUAUUUUAAAGGGAGCCACCCUGUUGAAGGAGCCACAAGACUUCUGGCUGAAUUCGGACACAGCGGUCUCUGUCCCUAUGAUGAGAAUUACUGGAACCUUUGAACAUAAAUGUGAUGGUGACCCCAGGCUUUCUGUGGUCAGGAUUCCUGUCAGCAAGAGUAUAUUUCUGCUGCUUUUGCAACCGGUCAACAGCAGUGACCUGGGCAAAGUUGAAAAGCAAUAUUCCUUGACACCAUCUGUAACCUGGAUGCAAAAACUAUCAGCAAGACAAAUCCAGCUGACUUUGCCACAGAUAUCUUUGAAAACUAUUUAUAAUCUUCAGGAACUUCUUGUAAAGCAGAAUAUGGGUGAUCUGCUUGGAAAGAAUGCCACUUUCAGACUACUAAGCAACACUGAUAUGACAAUUGGCAAGGUAACAAAUCAGCAACAUUUUGAGCUGAGUCCCAGUGGAGCUGAUGAAGCCGAAGCUCCCCCUGAAGAAAAUGAAGCCACAGAGACCCUCAAAAUGACCCUGGACAAGCCAUUCCUCUUGGCAGUGUAUGAAAAGGAGUCAGAUGUAUUGCUUUAUUUUGGCAGAGUAAUGAAUCCUCUGAGAGGGACAUAAAAGAUCACAAAAAAGAAAAGAAAGAGGCAUUCCUAGAUUUCCUCUCCCCUGCCCUUGACUUAGCAAGUUUUUAUGGUCUCAAGUUGUUAUUAUAUAUUGUGAAAUGCAAAUAGAUAUGGCUUUCAAAUUUGAAAGUGAUGAGAAGAAUCAAGAAACUGGGUUGUUGUAAGUUUUUUGGGCUGUAUGGCCAUGUUCCAGAAGCAUUCUCCCUAACGUUUUGCCUGCAUCUGUGGCAGGCAUCCUCAGAGGUUGUGAGGUUGUGAGAUGCAGGCAAAACAUCAGGAGAGAAUGUUUCUGGAACAUAGCCGUACGGCCCGAAAAACUCACAAUAACCAAGUGAUUCUGGCCAUGAAAGUCUUUGAGAAUUAAGAAAACUUAAAAUCACCAUGUUCCAUUCAGUGGGUGUUGUAGGAAUAGAGCUGUUUAUGCCACCACCACUGGUCAACAAUGGCACCACACAAAGAACUUCAAAGUAUGCUUGACUUAGCCCACUGAAUCUACAGUAGAAUAAGUUGUGUACACAUUAUUUUUUAUUAUGACAUAACAUGUCAAUUUCUGUAUAACUGCUUGAUAAAGAGAGCUCAAAAAGC